AUGGCAGCAAUGAGGUAUUACAGGAAGAAGAUCGAACUUUUAUUCAGUGUCGUGAAUAUAUUUAAUAUAAAUGACAGUUAUGCUGUGAACACAAACUCUUCCUGCAGCGUUCUAGCAGUCUUCAAAGAUUGUUUAACCAGUUCGGGCCGGCAAAAUCAGUGGCCAUUGAAACGAUCAGCAAUUGCGGAUUUACAUGCCACUCAGUUCGGCUACGCCUCCGAUGAACCGGUAGGCGACAGUCAGGAUCAGAUACAACACGCACUAGGAAAGAUCCAAAAGCUGGCCAACAACUUCAAGCGAUUAGCAAGCAACGCUCAAGGCGACGGCAACAAACUUCUGCAGACUCUGAAGAUCCAGAGCAGCGAUCCUGAAGGACUCCUGGCUCUGGUAACAGAAUCGAAACUUGCAAUCUCUCAGUCAGCACCCGCGGGUGUAGACAUCUCGCCCUGUGAAACUGAAAAUGAUGCCAAGUACCAGAAGAUGAUACAGGAAGCCGGACCAGGGAUCCAAGCCUGUCUCCAGUCGGCCGCUGAGGAUCUGCAGCCAUAUUUCCAGAAUCUCAACGUAAUGGUCACUGUAUCUCAGGAUGCUGCCGUGGGCGCUAAUGCUAACGUCACAGACUGCGCAAACAGGAACCGGGACAACGUCGAGGGUUUGACUGCCUGUCUGUAUGUGGUCAGAGACCAAGUAUUCGACGGAAGAGACCAACUGAUGGCGGCCAUCUUGGGGCUGAUGGCAGACUUCAGAAGCGAUACGGCCCCACGUGUUGCAGACUUCACUGUGUGCACGAACGACGUGCAGGACAAGGCGAUCAGCGAGUCCGUGGACGUCAUUCAGACGACCAGGGCGUGCGUCAAGAAAUUGGUUGACG